AUGGCGGAGACGAGUGAGGAAGAGCAAACGAGCGACGCAGAGGCGGAGUCUCUCCCUGAAACCUCUCUACAAGGCCCGGAAUCGACUGGCCAUCCGGACAUCUACAAGGUGGUAUGGAAGGUUCCGGAAUUUUCUCGGAGGAACGGGAAGGUACAUAGCCCGUUGUUUGAGAUCUCCGGUGUCCCCUGGAGUAUCCUGAUGUUUCCUGUGGGUAUUAACAAGCAGUUCACCUCCCUGUUCCUCGAUUCGAAGUUCAUGAAGGGCAGGAAAGACCCAUACAGGGUGAAUGCAUGUUUCGAAUUCACGAUCGAGAAUCGUGACCCCGUGUGGUCAGAAACCAAGCAGGCGCAGCAUGUGUUUCAGUAUGACGAUGCUGAUUGGGGAUUUCACACGUUUGUGAAGUACAACAUCGUGAUGGAUCAAUCUGCUGGGUUCUUGGUGGACAAUGUGCUGACUGUGAUUCUGAUCGUGCGAGUUCUACGAGAUCACGAGGGGCGGGAGUACAACAGCUCGAAGGAUCCGAUCUUAUGGCUUCACGAUCCCAAAGUAGAGACUGGUUUCGUGGGCCUGAAGAAUCAGGGAGCUACAUGCUACAUGAACUCCCUCUUGCAGUCCUUGUUUCACAUUCCAGCAUUGCAGCGGGCGGUUUACAAGAUGCCGACGGAGCAGGAGACUGCGAACAAGCGACCCAGGCACUCCUCCCACCCCGCAAUUGUCUCGCGCAGCGACAGCUCCAGCUCCUCGACUGAUUCUGUUGCCUUGGCUUUGCAGAGAGUCUUCUACAACUUGCAGCACAGCAAGAAGAGUGUAGGGACGAAGGCUUUGACCAAAUCUUUUGGGUGGGAUGCGUUGGAUGCCUUCACACAGCACGAUGUGCAGGAGCUUGAUCGAGUGCUGUGCGACAAUCUUGAAGAGAAGAUGAAGGGGACGAUAGUUGAUGGAGAGGUGCCCAGGUUGUUCAGGGGGAAGCUUCAAAACUUUGUCAAGUGUAUCAAUGUGGAUUUUUCCAGUCUGAGGGAGGAAGAGUUCUACGAUCUGUCACUGAACGUGAAAGGCUGCAAGAACAUCGAGGAGUCUCUGAUGAAGUACGUUGAGGUUGAGAAGCUAGACGGGGAGAACAAGUACAUGGCUGAUGGCCAUGGACUUCAAGAUGCUGAGAAGGGAUGUGCGUUCCUCUCCCUCCCCCCUGUACUCCACUUGCACCUGAAGCGGUUCGAGUACGACCCGGUCAGAGACGCCAAUGUCAAGAUCAACGAUAAGUUUGAAUUCGGAUCUGUCCUGGAUCUAUCGCAGUACAUGCAAGGAAAAGCCAAGUCUUCCUUGUCAUAUCUGUUGCACAGCGUGCUGGUACACAGUGGGGAUGUGCAUGGUGGUCACUAUUUCGCAUACAUUCGGCCAGAUUGUAAGUCGAAGUGGCUCAAAUUCAAUGACGAGCGCGUGAGCGUUGUGAGUGCUGAGGAAGCCAUUCAAAACAACUUCGGAGGGGAAGAUGAAUCGGACGGGGACUCGGCUUUCUCGCCGUCAGCAAACCGAGGAAGAAGCUCGUCGCGCCGAACGAGCAAUGCCUACAUGCUUGUGUACGUGAGGGAAUCAGCCGUCGAUGAAGUUUUGCGUCCGCUGACGCAUGACGAUAUCCCUGACCACCUCAGACAGCGAUUCCGACUG